AUGGCGGUAAGUGGCUGAUGGUACUCUGUACAUCAUAAUGAAUCAAAGAUGUUGCUGUUAAAAAAAUCAAUGAAUCAAAAUAAAGCAUCUGGAAACUAUUUUGGUCGUUCAUAAUCAGAAAAGCUGUCAAGACCUGAAGCUGAUUCAUAGAGCAUGGUGAAGGGAAAUGCUUUUGAAAACAUGAUCAGAUGUUUAAAUAGAAAUUGGCCUGCUGUCAAGCUGAUGUGACUAGCCUGAUUUUAGAUUUUGGUUUCCAAACAUCCAGAUGAAAUGAACUCGGUUACUGUCCAAUCAAUGGCCACUGGUGGUGAGAGAUUACAUUUACAUUUACAUUUUAGUCAUUUAGCAGACACUCUUAUCCAGAGCGACUUACAGUUAGUGAGUGCAUACAUUAUUAUUUUUUAUUUAUUUUUAUAAAAAUGUUUCAUACUGGCCCCCCAUGGGAAUCGAACCCACAACCCUGGCGUUGCAAACGCCAUGCUCUACCAACUGAGCUACAUCCCUGCCGGCCAUACCCUCCCCUACCCUGGACGAUGCUGGGCCAGUUGUGCGCCGCCCCAUGGGGUCUCCCGGUCGCGGCCGGCUACGACAGAGCCUGGAUUCGAACCAGGAUCUCUAGUGGCACAGCUAGCACUGCGAUGAGAGAGAGAGAUCUCAAUGAGAGAUCUCAAUGAUUAUGAAUGAUAAUGAUUGCUUGUCAGAGAAUCAUCUUGCCUGCAGUAAACACAUGUUCUUUCUUGUUUAUUCUUGCAGGCUGAAACGUUUGUUUGGGUUAACAGCUCGUCUUCACAUGCUCAAAGUGUUGCGAAGGCCAAGUACCAGUUUCUCUUUGGAAAAGGAGAGGACACCAGCUCUACUGACAGCGGUAUGACACCUUCCACCUGAUACUUCACAACAGUAGGACUAACAUGCUAGCUUGGGCUACACUUGGCAUUUGGUCGUGGAUAUUAUCCUCUUUUAAUUAUUAAUUUAAUAACAGGCAUGACAUUUAUCACAGUUGGAAAAAUGGACCCCUGCCUUUUGCUGAAAAGUGUUCAUGAAGUCCACUAAAAAUAUAGGCUAAUCCUGGUCUAUAAAUCAUUCAGCAUCAGGCCAAAUGCAUACAUUAUUUUACUGGCUAAUAUUAAUAAUUCUAAAUGAUUAGUGCAGGACUGCCCAAUUACAGUACUUAGCUAUUUUUAUAGUGCACUAUAAGAAGCAUACUGUGAAGUUAUAGGAAGCUCCUAUAUCAACCAGUUAUUGAUGAAUCGGCCCAACAAGCCAAUUUCUCCACAGAAAGAGGCUUUAGAAGUUGAGCCUUUGCUUUCACUGACUUUUAGCCAUGAGUUGAACAGAGCUAUGCCUACUUUCCCUAAGUGCAAUGAAUAAAUUAGGCAAACUGUAGUAGGGUCUAAUAUAAACAAACCAUUUGUCAAAGCAAGCCCAUGAACAGUAGUGAAGUACUGUGUCAAACAUUCCCAGAAACUGGAGAUCAAUAAACACUGUAUACUGUUUCUAUUCGAUCUUACAUUUAGUAUGAAAAUUAGCCUGUUUGCUGAGGUAAUGCUAAAUCUGCCAGGGAAGACUUUCGGUUUCAUUACCCCUCAAUAGCCAGUCCGAUAAGAGGUCUCAGCCCUGACUGGUUACCCAGGCUAUUUAGCAGGAGCUUAAAAGGUCAUUAGUAGUCCAAGGGGAUUUGCAAACAUCCUCUAGACGUCUCCCAAGCGAUGCUGCAAAGUCAUGACUUAGUGCUAUCACUUUCACUCUGCCCACUAUCCUAUCAUUCUCUCCAGGAGGCACAUAACUCCCUCGUUAACUAUACAUUAUACACAACUGUUAUUAUAUAAGAUACUCUGGUUUGCGUCCCAAAUGGCACCCUAUUCCCUAUAAAGUGCACUACUAUAGGGUCCAUAGGGCUUUGUUCAAAAGUAGUACGCUAUGUCAUUUGGGACGCAGCCUCUGUUAUUUUAUUUAUUUAACCUUUUAUUUAACUUUGCAAGUCAAUUAAGAACAAAUUCUUAUUUACAAUGACGGCCUACCAAAAGGGGGACUGGGGCUGGGAUUAAAAAUAUAGGACAAAACACACAUCACGACAAGAGACACCACAACACUACAUAAAGAGAGACCUAAGACAACAACAUUGCAUGGCAGCAACACAUGACAACACAGCAUGGUAGCAACACCACAUGACAACACGGUAGCAACACAACAUGGUAGCAGCACAAACAUGACAACAUGGUAGCAACACAACAUGGCAGCAGCACAACAUGGUAGCAGCACAACAUGGUAGCAGCACAAAACAUGGUAAAAACAUGAUUGGGCACAGACAACAGCAAGAAGGUAGAGACAACAAUACAUCACGUGAAGCAGCCACAACUGGCAGUAAGAGCGUCCAUGAUUGAGUCUUUGAAUUAAGAGAUGGAUAUAAAACUGUCCAGUUUGAGUGUUUUUUUUAAGCUCGUUCCAGUCGCUAGCUGCAGCAAACUGAAAAGAGGAGCAACCCAGGGAUGUGUGUGCUUCUGAUGCAACAAAAGUCUAAAUAGUCUCAGAAGGUCUAUUGUUUUAACUCCCUGUGUCACCCCAGUCAUAACUUGUUUUGCAUAGCAGUAAAGAUAGCAAUGAUAUGGAUAGCUUUCAUUCCUCUUCCCCUCUGUAAUUUGAUUAUUGACUCCUGUGCCCCUGCAAAGCAGGUUUCCAUUUUGUAAUUAUACCACAAUAUUUUUGUAAACAUUAUUGAGUGCUUUGCAACCCCUAGCACUUUGUCUCUGGUAGGCUUAUUUGUUUGCAGAAUCAGCAUGAAAGAAGUUGUGGUAUUUUUCAAUCGUAAUCUACAUUUGACAUUUUAGUCAUUUAGCAGACGCUCUUAUCCAGAGCGACUUACAGUUAGUGAGUGCAUAAAUUUUUUCAUACUGGUCCCCCGUGGGAAUCGAACCCACAACCCUGCCGUUGCAAGCGCCAUGCUCUACCAACUGAGCUGCACGUAAUCUACUCCAAGCAGGAUGAGUUUUUAGACACUGCAUCUCAUAAUUGAGACAAAUUCAUGUUAUUUAACCCCCUAGGGUUGAUGUCCAUGCCCCCACGAGAAUCUAAUUAGCAUAAUAAUAAUACAUCCCUAUAAAAAUCCAUCUGUUUAAUCUAGAGAUAUCUGUUUAUUUUGCUUUGGAUGCGUCUCAAUCCACCGCAUCCGCCUGUGUCGCACAUCCGCAGUUGCGGUGAAAGGUGACAGAGCUAGAGCGGUGUUUGUCAGACCGUGAGAUGUCCCGAAAAAUUGGUCUUCUCACAAAAUCGUCUGUAGCAAUUUUGGAAAGAUUAGACUCUCACGAACAUGAUGGUGUUCUCCGUUUUGUUCUAUGACCCCCACAAGUGUCUUUGGACUCGUCUGGAGUCGGUACAGUCGAUCUGCCAACUUCUGUCUGUAGUGUCCGAACAGUUUGGGAUACACACUAAUAUGACCCCUCUGUGGAAAGGGGAGACUCUCUAGGACGACCACAGGCCUCACGACUCGUCUGAAGGUCCCCCGGUACCAGUUGAAAUGGAAGUAUAGUAAAUAUGGGGUUAAAUACCUGUCCAAAAAAAUAACUAAUGCUUCCUGAUCUUUCUUAUAUCUCUCAGAUAUAGGACAGACACAGAACAAACUUCCUUUAGAUUUUUCUUUUGGAACUAUCGGUUGUUCCAUGUAGUGAAUCUGUUAUUCAAUGCGUUUGUAUGAGCUAAUAGCAGUAAGGCCAAAUACAAUUCCAUAUAGCUUAGUAGAACCUCCCUGGCUUAGACAGAGCUUAGACUCUUAUGGGUUAAGAGACAUGUCCAUGAAUCUCUCAUGCCAUGUCAGUCACUCUCCAGUAGAAACAGAUAUUGAUACAGUUAAAAACAAGGAAAUGCUGCCAUCUAGUGUGAAAGUCCUCCUGUCAUAACGUCCUGUAUGACAAGGACAUACAGUAGCUGGAGACAGAGAUCAGGGUUGUGUUAAGUCGGCAGGACAUGGACAAAAACGUUCUGAAACGGAGCGGUACUAUCUGAAAAGGAACAAUUGCUUUCUUUUACUGUUGCAAAACAGUGUGCCCUAAUGAACACGACCAUGUUCAACUUGUUACCUUUAUGUUUGGUCUUAAGGAUUGGCCUAUUAGCCUAAACAGGGCAGAGCAGGUUGCACAGUAUUUUAGAUUUAAAGUACCUCCUGUUUAUCCAGUUCUGUUCUGGAUUUAAAAACCAACGUUUUUAUCAUGAACAAAGAAUUGAUCCUACAUGUUGAUGAUACUGUACCUAUUCACUAUGUAUCGCUGUGACAAUAGACCUCUUACUUGACCUUAUCCACUCCACCGUUCAUGUCAAGUUAAACUGGAUAAUUGUAUUAAUUGACACAGCUCUCUCGUCCAACUCUUCGUGAACAGGUUCAACAAGAGGACAGAGCGAAUUACUCCAGGAUAAAAACCCUUAGGUGUAUUUUUUAAAAUUUAGUAAUUAUACAUUCCCCCUACAUGGAUCAAAGCAGCUAAAAGCUGUUCAAUAUUUAACUAGAUACUAAGGUAUUCAAUUUGGAAAAAAAAGAAACCUGCUGUUUUGGCUAAAUUGUAUCCUACACACUCAGCUAAUUUGAAAUAAAUGUCUGUGAAUACAUGUGAGCUGAGCACGCUGAGCUUUGGUCCACUGUCUGAAGCCAUUUGCCGGCCAGUGAAAGGGACAUCUGUCUGUGUGACGGGUCAAGAGAAAGGAAUCGGCAGCAUUAGUUUGGGUUGGAUUCAUCCCAGCCCUUCCUUGGCCCUUCCUAGCCCUUCUCCUUUCAUGAAGUGGACACAGUGCCUUAGUGUUCAGACUACAAGGCUUAUUCAGAAUUAGCCCAAGAGAGAUCUUUCUCUUACACAGAGAGGAAAUAAACACUGUUUCACAUCAUAAAUCAAUAUAAUCUAGCUAAUGAUGGUGAUAGGAUGAUAAAUAAGAAUUGAUAUGUCUUUUAAAGUGCACACUUGACAUUUUUAUUGAUCCAUUUGUCAGUUUCAGCCUCAAACUCUCACGUCUUAGAAGAGGAGGGGAGCAGCUGCCCCAGUCUGGACACCUGUCUCCAGGACGAUGACAUCGAUGAAACCUCGCUGUUCCUGGAGAUCGACCGUGAGCUGGCCAACCUGCUGAGUGGCCUCAGCGCCAGGAGCCAGAAUGCUACAGCCGCCCACGCCCAACCUGAGGACAGCCAACACCCAGCGGACAGUAGUGAACAGCGGAGCGCAGCCAUCAUGAUCCCCUGUAACGGUCAGAACGGGGCCUCGCCGGACAUGGCCAGCCGGACCUCAGAGAGAAAUGGGGAGGGGGAGGAGAAGGAGACUAAUGUGGACCUGGACAUGUCUGGCCUGGGCCUGGAUUCACCGGGAGACCCGCUCCUCUCGCCCACCUUCCUCCUAGACUCGUGGACGGAGGCACUGCUGAAGGAUACGGCUUCCCUGAGCUCAGCGGCCCAGAAGGCCUUGGGCGUCUCAAGCGUGGCGGCGGGGGUAAACGGAGACUUCAGGAAUGCGACCGCAGCGAACUGCCAAGAAAAAACAAGCGCCGGCCUGGCGGCUGCUGCAUUCACAUCUGGGCCGUGCUCAGGGGCGGGUGAAGUACCCGCGGUGGACCAGUCGGAGCCUGCCCGGAGGGGUUCAGAGGUAGCGCCCGAGCCCGCCGGAGGAGGGCCACUCCUGGACGAGGAGUCCCUGGAGGAGUCCAAUAAAAUCCUGGCCGAGAUCCCCGGCAUCUUCACCGCCUUCCUGGACGGUGGCCAGCUGAGGGAGAAGCCCCCUAAGAAACUGCGCUUUGUGGAGAGCAGGCCGGGGAGCACGACGGUGGCGACAACGGACGAUUGUGGUCAGAUGGGACAGGAGCGAGGGAGUGAGGACUCGGUGAAGGGACUGGAGGGAGAUAUGAGCUGCAGCGGUCUGAAGGUGGAGAGCUCUGUGGACAGUCCUCCCUGUCGGCUGUCCCAGGAGGACGAGGUGUUCUGGGUGCACCAGAGCCCCGAUGGAGACGCGGCACGGGAGCCCAGCUCGGAUAGGUACGUCACGUCUCUGCUAAAUCUCUAAUGGACCCUGACUCCUAGCCACUCCUGUGGAUCUGAGGCUGUAUUCAGCUUCAUUGUUUCCUUUCAAUGAAUACGAUUAUAUGGACAGGAAGUUCCUGAUCUUAGGUCAGCACUCAUGCUCUGAGAUACUUUUGGAUAGUAAGUGAUAGAGGUGAAUAAUAGGAGAGUGAGUGCCGAAAAUCCAUGCUGGCAGCGGUACAUCAAACAUGUGCUCCAGAGGCAGCAGCUUAGACAGCUAGAUCACCCCAGGCCACGUCUCUCCAUUUUUUUGACGGGUUCAUCUGUGGGGUAUUUCCAUCGUGGCUCCCAGAGUACUACGUUUUAGUGAACCUUUUGGUUCUCAUCCCCUGCCCUAGGGGCUAUGGGGGGCUUGGUGUCUAUUUGGAAUUCAGCACUUCUCUCCUCAGCUCAUCCCCUUGUGACCAAUUAGAUUGUCGUGACUGAAGGCAGGCAAAAUAAGAUGUCAAGCUAAAUAGUGUAUUGAUUAUGAUGCACUGUUUAUUUCACUGUUUAUUUAAUGGCACUAUUUACACUUGACGCGCACUAUGUUUCAAUAUUUCGACCGUCCGUUGCUUUUUUAUCCUUUAGAAAAUGCUGAGUUCCUUUUUAGUUGCAGGAUGUUUCCACUACAUGGAAACUAGCAGUGUCACAGUCCACAGAAAUGUCUUGUUUUGUUAGAGUUUCGCUGAGAGGAAGUAGAAAGGUGCAAGGUCUCUGGGUUAAUAAUGGAAUCAUGUGCUUUAUAACUUCCUCUGAGAGUUUACCACAGCGGCUAUAGGCCUCUAUAUCAGGGGCCGUGCAUUUAGCUGAGUUUACCACAGCGGCUAUAGGCCUCUAUGACAGGGACAGUGCAUUUAGCUGAGUUUACCACAGCGGCUAUAGGCCUCUAUAUCAGGGGCCGUGCAUUUAGCUGAGUUUACCACAGCGGCUAUAGGCCUCUACGACAGGGACAGUGCAUUUAGCUGAGUUUACCACAGCGGCUAUAGGCCUCUACGACAGGGACAGUGCAUUUAGCAGAGUUUACCACAGCGGCUAUAGGCCUCUAUAUCAGGGACAGUGCAUUUAGCUGAGUUUACCACAGCGGCUAUAGGCCUCUAUAUCAGGGGCCGUGCAUUUAGCUGAGUUUACCACAGCGGCUAUAGGCCUCUAUGACAGGGACAGUGCAUUUAGCUGAGUUUACCACAGCGGCUAUAGGCCUCUAUAUCAGGGGCCGUGCAUUUAGCUGAGUUUACCACAGCGGCUAUAGGCCUCUAUAUCAGGGGCUGUGCAUUUAGCUGAGUUUACCACAGCGGCUAUAGGCCUCUAUGACAGGGACAGUGCAUUUAGCUGAGUUUACCACAGCGGCUAUAGGCCUCUAUAUCAGGGGCCGUGCAUUUAGCUGAGUUUACCACAGCGGCUAUAGGCCUCUACGACAGGGACAGUGCAUUUAGCUGAGUUUACCACAGCGGCUAUAGGCCUCUACGACAGGGACAGUGCAUUUAGCAGAGUUUACCACAGCGGCUAUAGGCCUCUAUAUCAGGGACAGUGCAUUUAGCUGAGUUUACCACAGCGGCUAUAGGCCUCUACGACAGGGACAGUGCAUUUACAGUGAGGGGAAAAAAGUAUUUGAUCCCCUGCUGAUUUUGUACGUUUGCCCACUGACAAAGACAUGAUCAGUCUAUACUUUUAAUGGUAGGUUUAUUUGAACAGUGAGAGACAGAAUAACAACAAAAAGAAUACAGAAAAACACAUGUCAAAAAUUUUAUAAAUUGAUUUGCAUUUUAAUGAGGGAAAUAAGUAUUUGACCCCUCUGCAAAACAUGACUUAGUACUUGGUGGCAAAACCCUUGUUGGCAAUCACAGAGGUCAGACGUUUCUUGUAGUUGGCCACCAGGUUUGCACACAUCUCAGGAGGGAUUUUGUUCCACUCCUCUUUGCAGAUCUUCUCCAAGUCAUUAAGGUUUCGAGGCUGACGUUUGGCAACUCGAACCUUCAGCUCCCGCCACAGAUUUUCUAUGGGAUUAAGGUCUGGAGACUGGCUAGGCCACUCCAGGACCUUAAUGUGCUUCUUCUUGAGCCACUCCUUUGUUGCCUUGGCCGUGUGUUUUGGGUCAUUGUCAUGCUGGAAUACCCAUUCACGACCCAUUUUCAAUGCCCUGGCUGAGGGAAGGAGGUUCUCACCCAAGAUUUGACGGUACAUGGCCCCGUCCAUCGUCCCUUUGAUGCGGUGAAGUUGUCCUGUCCCCUUAUCAGAAAAACACCCCCAAAGCAUAAUGUUUCCACCUCCAUGUUUGACGGUGGGGAUGGCGUUCUUGGGGUCAUAGGUAGCAUUCCUCCUCCUCCAAACACGGCGAGUUGAGUUGAUGCCAAAAAUCUCGAUUUUGGUCUCAUCUGACCACAACACUUUCACCCAGUUCUCCUCUGAAUCAUUCAGAUGUUCAUUGGCAAACUUCAGACGGGCCUGUAUAUGUGCUUUCUUGAGCAUGGGGACCUUGCGGGCGCUGCAGGAUUUCAGUCCUUCACGGCGUAGUGUGUUACCAAUUGUUUUCUUGGUGACUAUGGUCCCAGCUGCCUUGAGAUCAUUGACAAGAUACUCCCGUGUAGUUCUGGGCUGAUUCCUCACCGUUCUCAUGAUCAUUGCAACUCCACGAGGUGAGAUCUUGCAUUGAGCCCCAGGCUGAGGGAGAUUGACAGUUAUUUUGUGUUUUUUCCAUUUGUGAAUAAUCGCACCAACUGUUGUCACCUUCUCACCAAGCUGCUUGGCGAUUGUGUUGUAGCCCAUUCCAGCCUUGUGUAGGUCUACAAUCUUGUCCCUGACAUCCUUGGAGAGCUCUUUGGUCUUGGCCAUGGUGGAGAGUUUGGAAUCUGAUUGAUUGAUUCUGUGGACAGGUGUCUUUUAUACAGGUAACAAGCUGAGAUUAGGAGCACUCCCUUUUAAGAGUGUGCUCCUAAUCUCAGCUCGUUACCUGUAUAAAAGACACCUGGGAGCCAGAAAUCUUUUUGAGAGGGGGUCAAAUACUUAUUUUUUUGUUGUUAUUCUGUCUCUCACUGUUCAAAUAAACCUACCAUUAAAAUUAUAGACUGAUCAUUUCUUUGUCAGUGGGCAAACGUACAAAAUCAGCAGGGGAUCAAAUACUUUUUUCCCUCACUGUAGCUGAGUUUACCACAGGGGCUAUAGACCUCUACGACAGGGACAGUGAAUUUAGCUCUGUUUGAGGAGCAGGAAAGAAGCAGUAUGAUGUGACCAUAAACAGCAGUGGGACCAAAUAUGUUAUCAUGUGGAGUGCCAAGCAAGAUGCUGCACUUGUUGACUGGUACAGAUACUUUUAAGCAUGUGCAGGGAGUUACACGCUUCCCUCGAGUAAGGUGAUAGUCGCUUGACAACACUUGCUGACGAGAUUAGCCUCUUGCUUUGUACUCUUUUUGUUUGGGUUGAAAGUUGCCCUGCUUCUUAUGGUAGCGUCGUAUCGCUGAAUCUAAUCGAUUUCUUCUUGGCAGAGGAACAAUAUACUAAUCCAAGCAAUUUAGGCCAGGUUUCAGUACCCUGGUAGAACCAGCCUGAUCGCGGCAUUCACCAUUCUGAUUCACUUCACUAUCACAUCAGUCAGGCCUUCCUCCAAUAGAUUGGCGUUUGGAACGAGUUAGCAAAUGACCGGUCCAAUCCGCUUCCUUUCAGAAACAAUGAGUGGGUUUAGGACAAAACCCAAGGUGGCCAAACACUGCUAUAAAUUAGGCCGUCCACUGAUUGGUUGAAGGUGAUCCAAUUGCAGACGAGGUGGUUUUGAAUAAUGCCUCUCAUUAAAGGUAGACUCAAACCAUAGAGAAUGAUAGAGGCCUCUAGUGGCCAAAAGGCAUAUUACCAUGGGCAGAGCCAUUGAGGGCUUCCACCAUUUUAAUGUAGUCAACUGGGUGGGACUUCCAACUUCAUUGACUGAUCCCUCCUGGUGACCCUGUUGGAGUCAUGUUCAACCGGGUCAUCAUGAGGGAUCAGCCAAUCGUGAAGAAGAAAAUGGACUACUUGAAAAUGGAGAUUGCCUCAAUGGCGCUGCACAUGCUGUCACAUACUCUAUAAUAGGGCAGAUACAAAGAUGAGUCCUCUAUCUCUAUGGCUCAAACCGUUUCAAUGAGGAGGAAUGCCAAACUGAAAUGUGAAGUGAAAUAUAAUGGCUAAGUUUUCCCAACAGGCCAGUUUGAAUUUCAGUCUUCUUCUGCUAAGUUUAGGCUAAGACUUGACUUUUGGCCCCAGUCAAAGUUUCCAUGAUUGUCUCUGUUUGUCCCCGACUCCCUCAGGAGUACGAAGACCAAUGGCAGCGAGGACCCGUCAGAUAACCAGGAUGGCAAGGAGACAUCGGAGAGCCAGGAGGCCACCGACGUCUUCAGCUCGCAGUUCGAGAGCAUCCUGGAGUCGGACCGUUUCCGCAGCACCCUCUACAGCAGCCUGGACUCCCUGGACGCCCUGUCUUCUUCGGCUGACGAUGAGGUGGACUCAUGCUUAACUUUCGACAUGCCCCUUACGCCCAUGAUCCAGCAGCGCCUCAAGGAGAUGGGCCACUUCGUGGAGGUGUCGCCCGACGUGGGGCGCCAGGGGGAACGCCAGGAGGUGCUCAGCGUCACGACCACGGGGAAGAGCGGGAAAGCCGCCCUGGAAGUGACGUCGGCCUACCUAGAGGAGGUGGUAGCGAGUGGGGACCCCGCUUUCAGCAGCCAAUCAGAUACAUUUUCCAGCGGACCCCUGGCCAAUGGGGUGGAGCGGGAACCAAAGGACUGGCUGCACGGCUGCCUGAGGUAG